AACGGAAACCAGGCUUUGUAAACACGCCUGAACUUUCACCUGCGGGUUGAGAAAACUGGUAGAAGCUGAUGUGAAUGAUCGUUUACUUUUCACGGUGGGAAUGGAGAGGAGCGUGGAGACAGUUUCAGCUAUUGUAUCUCUGGGGUACCCUAGAGACGGCCGCUGCCUCCUGCGGUGCAGGUGUGAUGAGCUCCCCUGUCCGCUGCUCAACUGGCUGUCCGCGGAGCUCAGGACUCUGUGUCCGGAGCUAACAGACCUGAGGGGAGCAGGUGACGUCUUGUUGGUGGAAGAGUUGAGAAAUUUGAUGUCAAACAUGUUCUCGCCCCUCGCUGUUAUGACUGAUGUGCUGGAACCGUCUGCCCUCGACAGGAUUACCGACUUCCUUGUCUCAGAGUUGCUUGCAGCUCAUGUAAUCAAGGAGAAGGAGCUGCAUCCCAAAGAGAAUUUGACCAAAGAAGAACCUGUGAAAGAGCAGCGAGUUGAACAUUACAGCUAUGAUGAUUUGUGUGAAGAAUGCAAAGACGGAGAUCCUGCAGACACGGAGAGAAUGAAGGCAGAGAUGCAGGCAGAGUGGAUUCUACUGCUGCAUGCACUCGGUUUAGAUGCCUCUUCUCAAUUUGAAGAUGUGGAGAAUGAAGUGAAGUCAAGGCUUGUCCGUCUGCCAGGUGGAGAUAUGACAAACCCUCUUCUGAAAACCAGCCUCAGCUCACAGCAGUGGAUGGAGCUGCAGAAGAUCAAUCGGACUCUGUCUGUAGAUUAUCAGUGUCGGCGACAGAUGAUGACUAAACGCUUUCAGGUCACACUCGAGUCAUUUGCGUGGGGAGAGAAACAAAAGGAGCACAGAGCUGCUCUAGACUCGGUGCCAUCUCUGGUGACCCUCACCGGAUCCUCCCAAGUGUCUCCAUCACUCCUGCUGGCUGCCAGAGAAGAUCAGUCCUUCAUUGAACCAAUAAAAGCUGGGAAGAGCACCGCCGUCUACAAGAUGUUAAUGGGCAGCGUCCCAGACAGAGGAGGCCGGCCUGGGGAGAUUGAGCCUCCUAUGCCAACAUGGGGAGAACGAAGAACACAAGGAAACAGAGGAGGAAGAGGAGGCGGACACCAACAUAGGCACCAGAAAAAGAAAGGGAAAAAGGAGUAGCCCUCUUUCUAGGUGUUAUUUGAUAGUAUGUUUUUCUUUUUUGUGGGCUAUAAACGGGUCAGAGGAUGGUGCUUGUAAUAUAAUUUUUAAAUGAUUAAAUUAUUCAUAAUUUUGUACAUACUUCAUAGAGUACAUUUCUGAAGUACUGUAAAGUGUAUAAUCAGUACAUGCUCUGGUUUAUGAUCAGAUAUUUCUGUAAGAUUUAUUUCAUUUGAGAGAUAAAUAAGCCAUAUUUUCUUUAUCUGUUGGCUUUCCAUAUUUACAGAUGAGUUUAAGAAUAAACUUAAGAAUAAACUUGUUGUUUCUGUCA